AUGGGUGUUUUUAAUAUUGAUAAUUUAGAUAUCGAAAUUAAUGACAUAAUAAACAUUUCAUUGGGAAAACUAAAAAUUAAAAUUGAUAAUAAAAUUCUGAAUUUUUUACAACAAGGAAGGGAAAAACUAGAAGAAAAACUCAAAGAAUACAAGCCAAUAUAUGGAAUAAAUACUGGUUUUGGUGGAAAUGCUGAUUUAAUGAUCCCUUAUGAUAAAUUAGAUUAUCAUCAAUCCAAUCUAUUAGAUUUUUUAUCAGUGGGAACUGGUGAAUAUUUUCCCGAUCAGUAUGUUAGAGCAAUACAAUUAAAUAUUAUAAUUGCUCUUUGCAAAGGUUGGUCAGCUGUAAGACCUCAAGUUGUAUUGCUAUUAGUAGAACAUUUAAACAAGGGGAUAGUACCACUAAUACCAAAACUUGGGUCCGUUGGUGCUAGUGGCGAUUUAAUACCAUUAAGUUAUGUAGCAAACUCAUUGUGUGGAAAAGGAAAAGUAAGAUUUGAAAACUCAAUAAUGAGUGCAGAAGAUGCAUUAAGAAUUGCAAAAAUUGAAACAUUGACUUUAAAGUCCAAAGAAGGAUUAGCAUUGGUAAAUGGCACUAGAGUAAUGAGUGCAGUUAGUUUAAUAUCAUUAUAUAAUUUCGAAAAUGUGUACAAUACAGCCUUAGGAGCUGUAUCUUUAGUUGCAGAAGCAUUACUUGCAUCGAGAGACCAUUAUGAUAUGCGUAUCCAUAACUUAAAAAACCAUCCAGGUCAAAUCCAUGUUGCAAAAAUUUUAAAUAAUUAUUUAAAUAACAACAAUAAUACUAGUAAUGAAUACUUUAAUCUAACAACUAACAGUUCCAACAUUAAAAAACUAAAUAAAUCAGUUCAAGAGGUUUAUUCAUUACGUUGUGCACCACAGAUUUUGGGUAUCAUACAUGAAUCUAUUGAUAAUGCAAAAAAAGUUUUAAAAAGAGAGAUUUUUUCUGCAAAUGAUAAUCCUUUGAUAGAUCCAUUUAAUGGUGAUGCUCUAAGUGGUGGUAAUUUUAUGGGUAAUCACAUUGCUAGAACUAUGGAUGGAAUAAAAUUAGAUAUUUCACUGGUGGCCAAUCAUCUACACUCUUUGGUAGCAUUAAUGAUGCACAACGGUUUUUCAAAAGGGCUACCCAAUUCCCUUGCAUCAGAUGUUGGAAUAUAUCAAGGCUUUAAAGGAAUGCAAAUAUCCCAAACAGCUUUAGUUACUUGGUUAAGACAAGAAGCAUCACCUGCAAGCAUUCAUAGUUUAACAACUGAACAAUUCAAUCAAGAUAUUGUAAGUUUAGGACUACACUCUGCUUUGGGUGCAGUCAGUAUGGAACAAAAACUUUGUGACAUCGUAUCAAUGACAUUAAUAAUGGCAUGCCAAGCUAUUGAUUUAAGAUUAGCUCAAAAUGAUUCAUUUAAACUUUGUGAAAACACUCUAAGGUUAUAUGAAUCAAUAAGAUCAUUUGUUCCAAAGCUUGAUCGUGAUCGUCCAACGGAUGUAGAUAUAAAAAUUAUUUCCGAUGCAAUUCAUGAAAAAAAAUUAAAUUUAUUUUUAAAUAAAUAA